AUGCGGCCGCCAGCAGGCGGGGAAGAGCAGAGCUCCCAGCCCUCGGCCACCGCCCAGGCUGUGCCCGAGGAGCAGACCUGCCCCUGCCCCGCCAGAACCAUGCUCACUGAGCACACGCUAGGCACAGGCUCUGUGCUCGGCUCUGACAGGCGUGACCUCAUCUACGCCCAGCAACAGCCUGGUGGUAAUUCCCAUUACACAGAUGGGGACACUGAGGCCAAGAGGGUUGAAGAGACUUUGCAAGGUUAUACAGCUAAGGAAGUGGCAAGUUCAAGAAAGCCAUGCUUCCAGGGAAGGGAGAAGCCACCAUCAUCACCAUCUUUACCAUCAUCACCACCAUCAUCGCCAUCAUCGCCACCAUCACCACCAUCAUCACCACCAUCACCACCACCAUCACCACCACCACCACCACCACCACCAUCACCACCACCAUCACCACCACCAUCAUCACCAUCACCACCAUCACCACCACCACCACCAUCACCACCACCACCAUCACCACCAUCACCACCACCACCACCAUCAUCACCAUCACCACCAUCACCACCAUCACCAUCACCACCAUCACCACCAUCACCACCAUCACCACCACCAUCAUCACCAUCACCACCAUCACCACCAUCACCACCAUCACCACCACCAUCACCAUCACCACCAUCACCACCAUCACCACCAUCAUCACCAUCACCACCGUCAUCACCACCAUCACCACCAUCAUCACCAUCACCACCAUCACCACCAUCACCACCACCAUCACAACCAUCAUCACCACCACCAUCACCACCAUCACCACCAUCACCAUCAUCACCACCACCAUCACCACCACCACCAUCACCACCACCACCACCAUCAUCACCAUCACCACCAUCACCACCAUCACCAUCACCACCAUCACCACCAUCACCACCAUCACCACCACCAUCAUCACCAUCACCACCAUCACCACCAUCACCACCAUCACCACCACCAUCACCAUCACCACCAUCACCACCACCACCAUCACCACCAUCACCACCAUCAUCACCACCAUCAUCACCAUCACCACCAUCACCACCAUCACCACCAUCAUCACCACCAUCACCACCAUCACCAUCACCACCACCAUCACCAUCACCACCAUCACCACCAUCACCACCACCAUCAUCACCAUCACCACCAUCACCACCAUCACCACCAUCAUCACCACCAUCACCACCAUCACCACCAUCAUCACCACCAUCACCACCAUCACCACCAUCAUCACCACCAUCACCACCAUCACCACCAUCACCACCACCAUCAUCACCAUCACCAUCACCACCACCAUCACCACCAUCACCACCAUCACCACCACCACCACCAUCACCACCACCAUCACCAUCACCACCAUCACCACCAUCACCACCACCACCAUCACCAUCACCACCAUCACCACCAUCACCACCACCAUCACCACCAUCACCAUCACCACCACCAUCACCACCAUCAUCACCAUCACCACCAUCACCACUAUCACCACCACCAUCACCACCACCACCAUCACCAUCACCACCAUCACCACCAUCACCACCAUCACCACCAUCACCACCACCAUCACCAUCACCACCAUCACCACCAUCACCACCAUCAUCACCAUCAUCAUCACCAGUCGCACUCCCGCCUGGGGCCUUCCUGGAGGAGCUGACCCGCAGCCGGAGUGCCCGGGAGCAGCAAGGAGCCCUGAGCGCUCGGGUUGGUGUCCUGAGCCGGGUGUCAGCUGCCACUUCACAGGCACCAGCCUGGGGGACUCUGGAGAGCCUCUCGGACAGCUGGAUCUCCAGCAGCAGCAGAGUCAAGAGAAGUGAUGACUUCGGUGUGAGAGACAAGAACGCCCAGGGCAACCGAAAACGUGUGAAGACCAACAGUGACAAGCAUAACCGGGUGAAGAACCUCCUGGUCCUGUGGUACCAGGAAGUGACGGGGCUCUGGGAGGCGAGGGCCUGCCCCGGUCAGCAGCCAGGAGCGGCAGAGCCCGGCGGGCAGGACCUCUCCCUGCGCCACCUGAUGGGGUCCUUCUCUCCAGGUUGUAACGGGACCUGGGAGCUCAGAGCCACGCUCCACGCCAGCCCCAGCCGGCCAGCCCCAGCCCGCACCCACCUCCAGCCACCGCCCACACGGAUGAGACCUGCCCCGCCCGGUUCUGCAGAACCAGCCCUCCACCCGGCGCACCACUGCCCGGAGCUGGUGCCCGCCUGCCCCGGGCCCUGCCUGCAGCCGCUCCUCACGGCCUUUGGGCGCCACGCCUGUCUCUAA